UUUUCCCGGUGUUCCAUUUCCUGGAUUUCACUCUUUUAUUUUACCCGGAAACAAAAUGAAGGCAGAAUCUACUCUCAAGGAAUAUUUCGGGUUUUCGACAUUUCGGCCGUAUCAAAAGGAGAUAAUCGAGAAGAUAUUGGAAGGAAAAGACAGUUUGGUUGUUAUGGCUACCGGUAGCGGCAAGUCGUUAUGCUAUCAGGUGCCUCCGUUGAUUGCAAAUAAAACUGCUAUAGUUAUAAGUCCGCUUCUAUCUUUGAUGCAAGAUCAGGUUAUGUCUAUGAAACAAAGGGGCAUUAAAGCUGAGCAUCUAUCUUCUGCUCAGACUGACACAACUGCACAAAAGAAAGCUGAGAGUGGUCAGUAUGACAUUCUAUACAUGACUCCUGAGAAGGCUUGCGUUUUUCCUAACAGCUUUUGGUCGAGAUUGCUUAACACGGGAAUCUGUCUAGUGGCAGUUGAUGAAGCGCACUGCAUCUCGGAGUGGGGCCAUGAUUUUCGUGUGGAGUACAAACAGUUGUACAAGCUGCGAGAUGUCUUACAAAAUGUUCCAUUUGUUGGAUUGACAGCAACAGCCACAGAUAAGGUCCGAAAGGACAUAAUUGAUUCACUGAGAAUGAAAGACCCUCAUGUUUUUAUUGGAUCAUUUGAUCGUAAAAACCUCUUCUAUGGUGUGAAAUCUAUUAACCGUGGGGCUUUAUUUGUGGAUGAGCUUGUGGCACAAAUUUCUAAAUAUGAGGCAGACGGUGGGUCGACUAUUGUAUACUGUACAACUGUAAAAGAUGUCCAAGAGAUUACCAAAGCACUCCGUGGGGCUGGAAUCAAGGCUGGAAUGUAUCAUGGUCAAUUGGGUAACAGGGAUCGUGAAGAGUCACACAGAUCUUUCAUAAUGGACGAGCUCAAUGUCAUGGUUGCAACUAUUGCUUUUGGAAUGGGUAUUGAUAAGCCGGACAUAAGGCAUGUGAUCCACUAUGGGUGCCCUAAGAGUUUGGAAUCUUACUAUCAAGAAAGUGGGAGAUGUGGUCGAGACGGUAUUUCUUCUGAUUGCUGGCUAUACUUUUCAAGAGGUGACUUUGGAAAAGCUGAGUUUUAUUGCGCGGAAGCAAGCUCGGUGAAACAGAAGAAAGCUAUUAUGGAUUCAUUCAUGGCUGCUCAACAAUAUUGCAUGCAGGCAACUUGCAGAAGAAAAGUUUUGCUGGAGUACUUUGGGGAAACAUUUUCUUCCAAUAAUUGUGGAAAUUGCGAUAAUUGCACCAACUCUCAACAGGCGAAGAGUGAUAUGUCCAGAGAAGCAUUUCUUUUGAUGGGUUGUAUCCGAGCUUGUGGUGGAAACUGGGGUCUUAACUUGCCUAUAGAUGUCCUUCGAGGUUCUCGUGCCAAAAAGAUUACCGCGAACCAGUUUGACAAUCUCCCAUACCAUGGACUCGGGAAAGAUUUUUCAGCAAAUUGGUGGAAAGAUUUAGGUUUUCAACUAAUUUCACAUGGUUACUUGGUUGAGACUGCUAAAGAUACUUAUAGGACUGUAAGUGUUAACGCAGAAGGUGCAAACUUUCUGAGAUCCUGUAGACCCGAUCACCAGCCUCCAUUGCUUUUGCCAAUAAUUAGUGAAUCUGGUGGUCAUGGGGACAGCGCAGCUGGCUCAGGACCUGAUGGACUGUCACAGGCAGAGGCAGAACUCUAUAAAAUGCUUUUAGAAGAGAGAAUGAAGCUUGCAAGAUCUGCUGGAACUGCCCCAUAUGCCAUAUGUGGUGAUUUAACAUUAAAAAAGAUAGCAGCAACAAGGCCAUCUAAUAAAGCAAGGCUGGCAAACAUUGAUGGUGUCAACCAGCACCUUGUAACAAGGUAUGGAGAUCAUCUUCUUCUAAGUAUGCAGAAGUUUUCAAAGCAACUGGACCUCUCUUUGGACGGCGUUGCAGCCAUAGAAGUUACUCAAGCUUACAUGAGACCAAAACAACCAAAAGACUUGCCCCCUGCAAAGUACGGAGCUUGGAAAAUGUGGCAAGAGGAUGGUCUCUCGGCUGAAGAAAUUGCUAACUUUCCUGGUCGAUCGGCUCCUAUCAAAGUGCAAACGGCACUUGGAUAUGUUUUGGAUGCAGCACGAGAAGGGUGUUUUGUUGACUGGCCUAGAUUGUUUAAAGAAAUUGGUUUGACACAAGAAAUUGUUGCUCUUAUUCAAGCUGCAAUUUUGAAAGUUGGCUCGAACGACAAGCUGAAACCUAUCAAAGAUGUGCUACCAGAGGAGGUUGACUAUACUCAUAUCAAGGCAUGGUUAACUAUGCACGAACUUGGGAUGUCAGCUGAAGCUAUUUCAUCUUCUACUAAGCAUAGUGAACCCAACUCUAAUGGAACAGAAGAGUUAUCUGAUAGACCCAAUGUCACAAACCAGGAACCUUGUGGGAAAACCGAAGUCAUACUCUUGUCGGAGGAUUCUCCAAGGAAGCGUCAGAAGGUUGAGACACCAUUACACGUAGACCAUCCUCUGGAGGUCACUGAAGUAUCCCUAUCUGACUGGCUUCAGAACUUUGAAAAUGGGGUUGCAUUGUCGGACAUAUUGAAGCACUUUAACGGAUCUAAAGAAAUGGCUGUGGUUGAUUUACUGAAUUACAUGGAGGGUGAGUUCAUAAUCUAUAAGAAGAACAAUCUGUAUAAACUCUUGUGAUACUGUAUGACAUACUUUCAAGUAUAUGUUUUUAGCUUUGUUAGAGAUUAACUAGGAACAAAACAGAUGUUAUGGCUGUAGUUAUGAGCAGUACCUUUUCGUUUGCAUAUGAUACUUGGUGUAAAAAAAAGCAAGAGAAGAAAUUUAAUUUUUUUGAGUUCUCUCCAAA